CUUCUAAUAGAGAAGUCGCAAGAUGGCGUCGAGUGGAGGAGAUGGAGAACCGGAGUGGACCGCAGCUGUGCGGCCGCUUUUAUCCGCGUCGUACACGUCUUUCGAAACAAAAGAGCUACCUCAGCUUGUAGGAUCCAUCAUAAACAGUGAAUCUGAGAUACUUCAUCACGAUAAACAGUAUGAGCCGUUCUACUCAUCUUUCGUGGCGCUCUCCGCACAUUACAUCACCACUGUUUGUGGACAAAUCCCCAGAAAUCAGUUGCUGUCAGUAGCUGCAGCAUGUAAAGUAUUGAUUGAAUUCUCGUUGCUGCGGCUCGAGAACCCGGACGAAGCAUGCGCAGUUUCACAGAAACACCUAAUUCUCUUAAUAAAAGGUCUUUGCACCGGUUGCAGUCGACUAGAUCGAACAGAGAUCAUUACCUUCACUGCAAUGAUGAAGUCUGCCAAACUUCCACAGACUGUCAAGACCCUUUCUGAUGUGGAGGACCAGAAGGAGCUACCCACCCCAGUCAACCCUGAGCUUCGGCACAAAGAAGUACAAAUGAACUUCUUCAAUCAGCUGACCUCAGUGUUUAACCCCGACUUUACCGUCCUGUCCUCGCCCUCAGCCCACAUGCAGGCUGAGGGUGAAAUUGAUGACCAAACAACGACAGAUCAGGCUGCACAGGCCAAAAUGAAGAAUGCCUUCAUCUCACAAAAUGUGUCCAGUUUACAAGAAUUGGGAGGCUCAGAAAAAUUGCUGCGCGUGUGCCUCAACCUGCCCUACUUCUUGCGCUACAUCAACCGCUUUCAGGAUGCUGUAUCGGCCAACUCUUUCUUCAUCAUGCCAGCUACUGUUGCAGAUGCCACCGCAGUCCGAAAUGGAUUCCACUCCCUUGUGAUUGAUGUAACAAUGGCCUUGGAUACUCUGUCCCUACCUGUGCUUGAGCCUUUAACUCCUGGGCGUCUCCUUGAUGUGACUGUGCUAGCCCUGAGCUGCCUCUAUGCAGGUGUUAGUGUGGCAACGUGCAUGGCCAUUCUGCAGGUGGGCAGUGGCCUACAGCUUCGCACUGCCUCAACAGGCUCAAAGGAGGAAGAUUACGAGAAUGAUGCUGCAACCAUUGUGCAGAAAUGUUUAGAGAUAUAUGACAUGAUCGGACAGGCAAUCAGUAACUCUCGACGAGCCGGAGGGGAGCAUUAUCAAAACUUCCAACUGCUGGGUGCCUGGUGCUUACUGAAUAGCCUGUAUUUGAUAUUGAACCUAAGCCCCACUGCCCUGGCAGAUAAGGGGAAGGAGAAAGACCCCCUGGCAGCACUGCGGGUUAGGGACAUCGCUGCCCGCACCAAAGACGGGGCAGGAUCCCCUAAACUGGGCCCGGGCAAAGGGCACCAAGGUUUUGGGGUUUUGUCAGUCAUUCUGGCAAACCACUCAAUCAAGCUGCUCACUUCACUAUUCCAGGACCUACAAGUGGAGGCAUUGCACAGGGGAUGGGCUAGUGAUGGGCCACCAGCAGAGUUAAACAUCAUGGCACAGAGCACAUCAAUUCAGAGAGUUCAGCGGCUUAUCGACUCUGUGCCUCUUACCAAUCUUCUCUUUACUCUGCUGUCCACCUCCUAUAAGAAGGCCUGCGUACUGCAGAGACAAAGGAAAGGCUCAGUGAGCAGUGAUGCCAGCGCCUCCACUGACUCCAACACUUACUAUGAAGAUGACUUCAGCAGCACGGAGGAGGACAGUAGUCAAGCAGAGAGAAGACAGGAGAGGACAAGAGCAACUUGUGUCUCAGAUGACGACAGCGAGCCCAUUUUGGGCCUUUGGUUUGAGGAGACCAUCUCUCCCAGUAAAGACAAGGUGGCACCUCCCCCUCCUCCUCCACCCCCUCCUCUAGAGACCUCGCCAAGGCUCAAGAGCCCUAGCAAACAGAAUGCAGGAGAGAAUGGGAACAUUCUGGCUAGUCGGAAGGACCCUGAGCUGUUCUUAGGUCUGGCCUCUAGCAUUCUGAAUUUCAUCACCACAUCUAUGCUGAAGUCCAGGAACAAUUUCAUCCGCAACUAUCUGAGCGUGUCCCUCACCGAGCAGCACAUGGCCACUCUGGCCAGCAUCAUCAAAGAUGUGGACAAAGAUGUUAAGGGUUCCUGUGAUGAAGAAUUUGCCUCUGCUUUGUACCAUUUUAACCACUCAUUGGUAACAUCAGACUUGCCCUCUCCAGCCCUUCAGAAUACAUUGCUGCAGCAGCUAGGUGUGGCUCCAUUCUCUGAAGGUCCUUGGCCCAUGUACAUCCACCCACAGUCGCUGUCUGUGCUCUCUAGACUGUUGCUCAUCUGGCAGCACAAGGCCAGCCUUCAGGGGGACCCUGAUGUCCCUGAGUGCAUGAAGGUCUGGGAAAGGUUUGUGGGCACUCUGAAGCAGCACACUUUGCAGGGAGCAAUGCCCAGCGAGGAAGACCUUAAUGUUGAGCACCUCCAGCUGUUGCUUCUCAUCUUCCACAACCUGUCAGAAAAGGGUCGUCGCACUGUCCUCACUCUCUGCACACAGGCCAUCGCUGAGGUGGCCACCCACGUAGACUCCCAGCUCCAGUCCGUGCCCCUUAACCUGGCUCGCAUUCUUCUGGUCUUUGACUACCUCCUACACCAGUACUCUAAAGCCCCUGUGUAUCUGUUUGAGCAGGUGCAAUACAAUCUUCUGACUCCCCCUGCGUCUGGAGCCAACACUGCCCAGGAGGGCACAAAGAGAGGCUCCACCCCACUUUACUAUGGUUUUAAGGAAGUGGAGGAAAACUGGGCCAAGCACUGUUCAGCAGAUUGGAAUUCUAACGUACAGCCCAAGUUCUACUGCGUUCUUUCCCCUGAAGCUUCAGAAGAUGAUCGGAGUCGACUUGACAGCAAGGUCUUCCAAGUGUUGUUCAGCGGAGCUGUAAAAUAUGACAACUUGUAUUACUCUCUCAUCUCCCUACUGGCUGCAGGGUCUCGUGUCGACACAGCCAGGAGACAGGAAAGCAAACCUAUUACCCCUGUUGAGGCCUGCUCCCUGCAGUACUAUUUUUUGAUCCUCUGGAGGAUUCUAGGAGUGCUUCCCCCCUCUAAAGCCUAUAUUGAGCAGCUGAAGAUGGGUAACAGUGAUCCCAGUGAAAGCGACAUCCUGCACACACUUAGGUGGUCAUCUCGGUUAGGUGUCAGCACAUACGUUAACUGGAUUAAGGAAAACUUGGUGAAACAGGGUGUGAAAUCAGAUCAUGCCACUUCUUUGAUUGAAGUGGUCUCUUCUAAAUGCAGUGCAGUGAAAUAUGAUGUAGAGAUUGCAGAGGAGUACAUUGCCAGACAGAUCUCAUCAUUCUGUUGUGUGGAUCCCAACAGCAUCGUGCCUCUUCACCAGAUUCCUUCCCUGCAGAUCAUUUACACCUUGGACGCCGUAAUCUCUAAAGUACAGGUUUCCCGUAACGAGCACUUCUCCAAGGUGGCAGCAGAGACGGACUCCAACAAAUCCUUCGAGAUCACCAAAAAUCUUCUGCCUGCCACACUGCAGCUUAUUGACAUCUACACAGCCUUCACCAGAUCCUACUUGUUAAUGAGCCUCCCUGAGGAUGGCGAGAACAAGCCCACAGAAGCCAAACUACAGGGCUAUGCUGCUGUGUUGUCUAUUGGCUCCACACGCUGCAAAGCCAAUCUGCUUGGUCAGACAGUAAUGCAGAAUCUGCCAUCUGCACUUCAGACCCUGUGUGAGACAUGGAACAACAUUCACACUAAUGAGUUUCCCAACAUUGGCUCCUGGCGAAAUGCUUUUGCCAAUGACACCAUUCCCUCAGAGAGCUACAUCAGUGCUAUCCAGGCAGCCCACCUCGGUACACUCAGCAACCAGUCUUUACCAUUAGCUUCCUCUCUCAAACACAUCCUGCUCACACUUGUGCGCCUCACUGGAGAUCUCAUUGUGACUGAGGAGCUGAACCCUCCCCAGGUGAUCCAGACACUUCUGCCACUGUUGUUGGAGAGCAGCACAGAGAGUGUCGCAGAGAUCUGCAGUACCUCCUUAGAGAGGAUCCUGGGCCCUGCCGAGUCCGAUGCCUUUCUGGCCCGUGUAUAUGAGCGUCUAAUCACCGGAUGCUACAACAUCAUCGCCAACCACUCUGAUCCCAGCAGUGGACUGGAUGAGUCCGUGUUGGAGGAAUGUUUGCAGUAUCUGGAGAAGCAGCUGGAGAGCAGCCAGGUCCGCAAAGCCAUGGAGGAAUUCUUUUCCUUCAGUGGUGAACUGGUACAAAUCAUGAUGGCAACUGCAAAUGAAAAUUUAUCUGCCAAGUUUUGCAACAGGGUUCUGAAGUUUUUCACCAAGCUUUUUCAGCUAACGGAGAAGAGUCCCAACCCUAGCUUGCUUAGCCUGUGUGGUUCUCUGGCACAGCUGGCCUGUGUGGAGCCAGUGAGGCUGCAGGCCUGGCUCACUCGCAUGACCGCCUCACCACCCAAAGAUUCAGACCAGCUGGACACCGUGCAGGAGAACCGGCAGCUGCUGCAACUCCUCACUUCUUACAUUGUGCGAGACAACAGCCAGGUGGGUGAGGGCGUGUGCACUGUGCUGCUCAGUACCCUCAUCCCCAUGGCCACAGAGAUGCUGGCAAGUGGAGACGGAGCCGGCUUUCCCGAACUCAUGGUUAUUAUGGCCACGUUGGCCAGUGCUGGCCAGGGUGCAGGACAUUUACAGUUGCACAGGGCUGCUAUCGACUGGCUCAGUAGAUGUAAAAAAUAUUUAUUUCAGAAGAACGUUGUGGAGAAAGUUACUGCCAAUGUUUCACAAGGAAAACACGCCAGCAUGUUGGAGUGUGCAUGCCACAUAAUCUCAUAUCUGGCAGAUGUGAUGAAUGCACUAAGGCAGAGCAGUGGUCAGGGCUCAUCCCAGAUGUUGAUGGAGGGAGAGGAGAAAGCCAUUGAGGUGGACUCAGACUGGGUGGAGGAACUGGCUGUGGAGGAGGAAGACUCUCAGGCUGAGGACUCGGAUGAGGAUUCUCUUUGCAAUAAGCUUUGUACCUUUACCAUUACACAGAAGGAGUUCAUGAACCAGCACUGGUAUCAUUGUCACACCUGUAAGAUGGUGGAUGGGGUAGGUGUGUGUACAGUGUGUGCCAAGGUCUGUCACAAAGACCAUGAGAUCUCCUAUGCCAAAUACGGCUCUUUCUUCUGUGACUGCGGGGCCAAGGAGGAUGGCAGCUGCCAGGUGAGACCGAAUACUUCAAGUCAUCAUGGGAAAAGAACAACAGCGGCUCUGGUGAAGAGAAGCCCCAGCAGUGGAAUGAGCUCUACUAUGAAGGAGUCCUCAGCUUUCCAGAGCGAGUUACGAAUGCCCGAAAGUGCCAUCCGGCAUCAGAGUGCCUCACCCGCUGACAAAGGCAAAGUCACCAUCUGUGAUGGCAGGAGCAGCGAUGAAGAGAAGCCCAAGAAAAGCAGUGUGUGCAAAAACAUUGAAGGCUGCAGAGAGGACCUUCUAGCCCAAGUGGCAACUUCGUCAACAGCUGCCCUAGUGCUGGACCUGCUGAGCUUCCUAAUGGAUGCCAUCCAGACCAAUUUCCAGCAGGACUCGGCUGUGGGCAGCAGCAGCCGUGCUCAGCAUGCUCUCAAUGAACUGCACACCCAGGAUAAGACUGUAGAGAUGACUGACCAGCUCAUGGUUCCCACUCUGGGCUCUCAGGAGGGUGCAUUUGAGAAUGUAAGGAUGAACUAUAGUGGUGAUCAGGGCCAGACCAUUAGGCAGCUCAUCAGUGCUCACGUUCUGCGUCGUGUGGCUAUGUGUGUGCUGUCUUCUCCCCAUGGACGCAGACAGCACCUUGCUGUCAGCCACGAGAAGGGCAAGAUUACAGUCCUGCAGCUGUCGGCCCUCCUGAAGCAGGCUGACUCCAGUAAGAGGAAACUGACUCUGACGCGUCUGGCCUCAGCACCUGUGCCUUUCACGGUCCUCAGCCUGACUGGAAACCCAUGUAAUGAAGACUACCUGGCUGUGUGCGGCCUCAAGGACUGUCACGUGCUCACGUUCAGCAGUACAGGCUCUGUGUCAGAUCAUUUGGUACUGCAUCCUCAGCUGGCAACUGGAAACUUCAUAAUCAAGGCCAUCUGGCUGCCUGGAUCUCAGACAGAACUAGCUAUUAUCACAGCUGACUUUGUUAAGAUCUACGAUUUAUCUGUGGAUGCCCUGAGCCCCAUGUAUUACUUCCUACUUCCAAGCUCAAAGAUCAGAGACGCCACAUUCCUGUUCAGUGAAGAGGGCAAAAACAUAAUCGUUAUUAUGUCUUCAGCUGGUUACAUGUACACUCAGGUGAUGGAUGAAACCAGCAGCGCUCAGCACGGGCCUUUCUAUGUUACCAAUGUGUUGGAGAUUAGCCACGAAGACUUAAAGGACAGCAACGGCCAGGUGGCAGGAGGAGGCGUGUCUGUAUACUACUCCCACGUGCUGCAGAUGCUCUUCUUCAGUUACAGUCAGGGCAAGUCCUUUGCUGCAACAGUCAACCGCAGCAACAUGGACACACAAAGACUAUUCACCAUAAACGUUAAAGCGUCGAAUGGAGGAAGUAAAACCUCUCCAGCUCUGUGUCAGUGGUCUGAGGUAAUGAACCACCCAGGGCUAGUUUGCUGUGUGCAGCAGACCACAGGGAUCCCGUUGGUCAUCAUGGUGAAGCCAGACACCUUCCUGAUCCAGGAAAUCAAAACUUUACCUGCCAAAGCCAAGAUCCAGGACAUGGUGGCCAUUCGUCACACAGCCAGUAACGAGCAGCAGCGUACUACCAUGAUCCUUCUGUGUGAGGACGGCAGCCUCCGCAUCUACAUGGCCAAUGUCGAGAACACAUCCUACUGGCUCCAGCCAUCUCUGCAGCCCAGUGGUGUCAUCAGUAUCAUGAAGCCUGUCCGGAAACGCAAAGCUGCUGCAGCUACUACACGCACAUCCAGCCAGGUGACAUUUCCUGUGGAUUUCUUCGAACACAAUCAGCAGCUCACAGAAGUGGAGUUUGGAGGCAAUGACUUGCUGCAAGUCUAUAACGGGCAGCAGAUCAAACACCGCCUCAACUCCUCUGGGAUGUAUGUGGCCAACACCAAGCCUGGUGGAUUUACAGUGGAGGUGGUCAACAAUAACAGCUCUAUGGUGAUGACUGGUAUGAGGGUACAGGUUGGUACUCAGGCCAUAGAAAGAGCUCCAUCGUACAUCGAGAUCUUCGGCCGCACGAUGCAGAUGAACUUGACUCGCUCCCGCUGGUUCGAUCUGCCCUUCACGCGGGAAGAGGCCCUACAGGCUGACAAGAAGCUCUCCAUUUUCAUUGGUGCAUCUGUAGACCCUACAGGAGUAACAAUGCUAGAUUCCAUUAAGAUCUAUGGUAAAACCAAAGAGCAGUUUGGGUGGCCUGAUGAACCCCCUGAGGACUUCCCUUCUGCCUCAGUCAACAACGUGUGCAGCCCCAACUUGAACCAAGGCAAUGGCACUGGAGACAACGAUAUAACCACACCCACUUCCACCAGCGGUACAGUACUGGAGAGUUGUGAAACUGAGUCCUUAUCAACAUUGGACCGGUUGGUGGUUAGCUCUCUUGAAGCUGUAGAGAGCUGCUAUGCAAUUGGUUCAGCCAGUGAGAAGGAGAAAAAUAAAGCCCCAGCUCUGGAGUUAGCCACUCUUCUAUUGUCCAUGCCGACUCCUGCUGGAGUCCAGCAGCAGACCAAAGGCCUUCUGGCCAGUCUGCACACUAGUCGCACAGCCUACCAUAACCACAAGGAUCAGUCUCUGCUGAGUAAUGCAGUCCAGUGUUUAAAUAGCUGCAGUAAGGAAAGCAAGGAUUUGGACCCUGAAGUAUUCCAGCGGCUUGUGAUAACCGCCCGCUCCAUCGCCAUCAUGAGACCCAACAACCUGGUGCAUUUCACAGAGUCCAAAAUGCCUCAUCCAGAAUCUGAUCUGAGUGAGGAUGGGCUGAGGCAAGCAGACACUGAAGGCUGUAGUUUCAUUAUGCAGCUUGUUAAUAACUUCUGGAAGCUCCAUGCUCUCAAACCCAAGAAUGCCUUCCUUGCUCCAGCCUGCUUGCCUGGACUAACCCAUAUUGAAGCCACCGUAAAUGCACUCGUGGAUAUCAUUCAUGGCUAUUGCACUUGUGAGCUGGACUACAUUAAUGUGGCCUCUAAAAUCUACAUGCAGAUGCUGCUCUGCCCUGACACCUCUGUGAGCUUCGCCUGUAAACAGGCCCUGAUAAGAGUACUGCGACCCAGGAAUAAACGUAGGCAUGUGACCCUGCCCUCUCCACCACGCUCCAACACACCCAUGGGUGAUAAAGAUGAUGAAGACGAUGAUGAUGCUGAUGAUAAAAUGCAGCCCUCUGGUAUGACUGGAGGAGACGGCGGCAGGCAGGAGAGCCAAGAACAAAGUGAGGUGGAUCACGGCGAUUUUGAGAUGGUGUCUGAGUCCAUGGUUUUGGAGACCGCAGAGAACGUGAACAAUGGGAACCCGUCCCCUCUAGAGGCUUUGCUGGCCGGGGCCGAGGGCUUUCCUCCAAUGCUGGACAUCCCUCCUGAUGCUGAUGAUGAGACCAUGGUUGAGCUAGCCAUAGCUCUCAGUCUUCAACAGGAUCAGCAAGGUAGCAGCAGCAGUGCUCUGGGACUACAGAGUCUGGGCCUUUCUGGCCAAGCUCCAAGCUCCUCCUCUCUGGAUGCAGGCACCUUAUCAGACACAACUGCAUCAGCCCCAGCCUCGGACGACGAGGGGAGCACAGCGGCCACAGACGGCUCCACGCUGCGCACCUCUCCCGCCGAGCACGGGGGCAGUGUGGGCUCUGAGAGUGGAGGAAGUGCCAUUGACUCAGUUGCUGGAGAACAUAACGUGUCUGGGCGCAGCAGUGCUUACGGAGACACCACAGUGGAGGGCCACCAUGCAGGGCCAGGCAGUGUGAGCUCCAGCACUGGAGCCAUCAGCACCACCACAGCCCAGCAGGAGGGAGACGGCUCUGAAGGAGAAGGAGAAAACGAGGGGGAUCUUCACACUAGCAAUAGGCUGCACAUGGUACGGUUAAUGCUCUUAGAGCGGCUCCUGCAACAUCUGCCUCAGCUGCACAGUGUGGGUGGAGUACGUGCCAUUCCCUACAUGCAGGUGAUUCUCAUGCUGACUGCUGACCUGGAUGGAGAGGAUGAGAAGGACAAGGGAGCGCUAGAUGACCUGCUGACUCAGCUCAUUGGCGAGCUUGGGAUGCACAAAAAGGAUGUCUCAAAGAAGAAUGAGCGCAGCCCUAUAAAUGAAGUGCAUCUAGUCAUCAUGAGGCUCCUUAGUGUCUUCAUGUCACGUACAAAGUCUGGCUCCAAGCCUUCCUCUGAGUCUUCCUCACUCAUUUCUAAUGCAACGGCAACUGCUUUGUUGAGUCUGGGAGCGAUAGACUACUGUCUGCAUGUGCUUAAGUCUUUGCUAGAGUUUUGGAAAACCCAGCAAGGAGAGGAGGAACCAGCAGCUGCUAGUCAGCUCCUCAAACCCCACACAUCCUCUUCUCCGCCUGACAUGAGCCCAUUCUUCCUGAGGCAGUAUGUCAAGGGUCAUGCUGCUGAUGUUUUUGAAGCAUACUCCCAACUACUCACUGAAAUGGUGCUACGGCUGCCCUACCAGAUCAAGAAGAUUGCUGACACAAACCCCCGCAUUCCACCCCCCAUCUUUGACCACUGUUGGUUUUACUUCCUAUCUGAGUACCUGAUGAUCCAACAGACUCCAUUUGUGAGGAGGCAGGUGAGGAAGUUGCUGCUGUUUAUCUGCGGUUCAAAGGAGAAGUAUCGCCAAUUGAGAGAUCUCCAUACGUUAGACUCUCACGUUCGCAGCAUCAAAAAGCUUCUGGAAGAGCAGGGCAUCUUCCUCAGGGGAGGCAUUGUCACAGCAACCUCUGGCUCUGCGCUACAGUAUGACACACUCAUCAAUCUGAUGGAGCACCUGAAAGCUUGUGCUGAAAUAGCAACCCAGAGAACAAUCAACUGGCAAAAGUUCUGUAUCAAGGAUGAUUCGGUGCUGUACUUCCUACUGCAAGUGAGUUUCCUGGUGGAUGAGGGUGUCUCCCCAGUGUUGCUUCAGCUGCUCUCCUGUGCACUGUGUGGUAGUAAAGUUCUGGCUGCCUCCUCCUCUGGAGGCUCUUCAGGUGCUGGAGCCUCCCAGUCCUCCCAGAGCAAGUCCUCUAGCAAGAAGAGCAAAAAGGAGGACAAAGAGAAGGAUAAAGAAGGUGAAGGAGCGGGCAGUCAGGAGGAUCAGCUGUGCAGUGCUCUGGUUAGUCAGCUCAACAAAUUUGCAGACAAAGAAACUUUGAUUCAGUUCCUGCGCUGCUUCUUGCUGGAGUCCAACUCUUCCUCUGUGCGCUGGCAAGCCCACUGCCUGGCUCUGCACAUCUACAGGAAUUCUACCAAAGCCCACCAAGAGUUACUGCUGGACCUGACUUGGGCUAUCUGGCCUGAGCUCCCUGCAUAUGGCCGUAAAGCUGCUCAGUUUGUGGACCUGUUGGGCUAUUUCUCACUCAAAACCCCUCAAACAGAAAAGAAGCUGAAGGAAUACUCUCAAAAAGCUGUGGAGAUUUUGAGGGCACAAAACCACAUACUUACUAAUCAUCCCAACUCAAAUAUUUACAAUACUCUUUCUGGCCUGGUGGAAUUUGAUGGAUUUUAUCUUGAAAGUGAUCCCUGCUUAGUAUGCAACAAUCCUGAAGUGUCCUUCUCUAACAUCAAACUGUCCUCUAUCAAAGUGGACACCCGUUAUACAACCACACAGCAAGUGGUGAAGCUGAUUGGCAGCCACACUAUCAGCAAAGUCACUGUGAAGAUUGGAGACCUCAAAAGAACAAAAAUGGUGCGCACUAUUAAUCUGUACUACAACAACAGGACUGUUCAGGCCAUCGUGGAGCUAAAGAAUAAGCCUGCCCGCUGGCACAAGGCUAAGAGGGUGCAGUUGACCCCUGGACAGACAGAAGUGAAGAUUGACUUGCCGCUCCCCAUCGUGGCCUCCAAUUUAAUGAUCGAGUUCUCAGACUUCUAUGAGAACUACCAGGCAUCUACAGAGACCCUACAGUGCCCACGCUGCAGCGCAUCUGUACCUGCUAACCCAGGAGUGUGUGGCAACUGCGGAGAAAAUGUCUACCAGUGUCAUAAGUGCAGGUCAAUUAAUUAUGAUGAGAAGGACCCCUUCCUGUGCAAUGCUUGUGGCUUCUGUAAAUAUGCACGCUUUGAUUUCAUGCUCUAUGCAAAGCCCUGCUGUGCUGUGGAUCCUAUUGAGAACGAGGAAGACAGGAAAAAGGCUGUAACCAACAUCAACACUCUGCUCGACAAAGCUGACCGUGUGUAUCACCAACUCAUGGGCCAUCGGCCACAGCUAGAGAGUCUGCUGUCGAAGGUGAACGAGGCUGCACCAGAGAAACCUCAGGAUGACACGGGUGCAGGAGCAGGCCUGGGCAGCUCUACAGCUAGUGUGAACAGGUACAUUCAGCAGCUGGCUCAGGAAUACAGCGGGGAUUGUAAAACCUCAUUUGAUGAGCUGUCCAAGAUCAUACAGAAAGUGCUUGCGUCUCGUAAAGAGCUGCUGGAGUAUGACUUACAGCAGCGAGAGGCAGUUACCAAGUCUUCACGCAGCAGCACCCAACCCACUUUUACUGCCAGUCAAUACCGGGCCCUCUCUGUGCUUGGUUGUGGUCACACAUCUUCCACCAAGUGCUAUGGCUGUGCAUCUGCAGUCACGGGUCACUGCAUUACUCUCCUGCGUGCUCUGGCCACCAACACUGCUAUCAGACAGAUUCUGGUACUUCAGGGCCUCAUUCGAGAGCUGUUUGAAUACAACCUUCGCCGUGGCACCAGUGCCAUGAGAGAGGAAGUUCGUCAACUCAUCUGCCUCCUCACAAGAGAUCACCCUGAGGCCACUCAGCAGAUGAAUGACCUCAUCAUUGUGAAGGUGUCAGCGGCCUUGAAGGGGCACUGGGCAAACCCAGACCUGGUCAGUAGUCUGCAGUAUGAAAUGCUGCUCCUCACUGACUCCAUAGCGAAGGAAGGAGGUUGUUGGGAGCUGAGGCUCCGCUGUGCCCUAAGUCUGUUCCUAAUGGCAGUCAAUAUAAAGACUCCGGUAGUGGUGGAAAACAUUACUCUGAUGUGCCUGCGAAUCUUACAGAAGCUCAUAAAACCCCCUUCGCCCACUAGCAAGAAAAACAAGGAUGCUGCUGUUGAAUCUCUGACGACAGUCAAACCAUAUUGCAAUGAGAUACAUGCCCAGGCCCAGCUCUGGCUCAAGAAGGAUCCUAAAGCAGCAUACGAGGCCUGGAAAAAGUGCCUUCCUGCUAGAUGCCAAGAGACUGCCUCUAAGCCUUUAAACAAGGCGGAGAUUAGGAGGCAAUACCUGAUGGAAAAGUAUGUGUGGAAAUGGAAACAGUUCAUGAGGUCUAGAUCAGAAGGCCUGUUUCCUCGCCUGCUUAAGCUAGGACACAAUAAUUGGCUGAGACAGGUGCUCUUCACCCCAGCCACUCAGGCAGCGCGACAAGCUGCGUGCACCAUCGUAGAGGCCCUGACAACUAUUCCCAGCCGCAAACAGCAGGUCCUGGACCUUCUCACAAGUUAUCUGGAUGAGCUAAGUGUUGCAGGAGAAUGUGCUGCUGAGUACCUGGCUCUGUACCAGAAGCUCAUUAAGCCUGCUCACUGGAAGGUGUACCUGGCAGCCCGUGGUGUUCUCCCUUACAUCGGCAACCUUAUCAACAAGGAAAUUGCCCAUCUCCUUGCCUUAGAAGAAGCAACAUUGAGCACAGACCUACAGCAAGGCUAUGCGCUCAAGAGUCUCACUGGCCUGUUGUCCUCCUUCGUGGAAGUGGAGUCUAUUAAACGGCACUUUAAGAGCCGGCUGGUGGGCACCGUGCUGAAUGGAUACCUCUGCCUGAGGAAGCUAGUGGUUCAGAGAACUAAACUGAUUGAUGAAACUCAGGACAUGCUGCUGGAAAUGCUGGAGGACAUGACCACAGGGACAGAGUCUGAAACAAAGGCUUUCAUGGCAGUGUGCAUCGAGACGGCGAAACGAUACAACCUUGAUGAUUACCGCACUCCUGUCUUCAUCUUCGAGAGGCUUUGUAGCAUCAUUUAUCCUGAGGAGAAUGAGGUGACUGAAUUCUUUGUGACUCUGGAGAAGGAUCCUCAGCAGGAGGACUUUCUACAGGGCCGCAUGCCAGGAAACCCCUACAGUAGUAACGAGCCUGGCAUCGGUCCACUCAUGAGGGACAUCAAGAACAAGAUCUGUCAAGACUGUGAUCUUGUGGCGCUAUUAGAGGAUGACAGUGGCAUGGAGCUUCUUGUAAACAACAAGAUCAUCAGCUUGGACCUGUCUGUGGCUGAGGUUUACAAGAAGGUCUGGUGCCCAACCAAUGAGGGUGAACCAAUGAGAAUAAUUUACCGCAUGAGAGGCCUUCUGGGCGAUGCCACAGAGGAGUUUAUUGAGUCUUUGGAUUCUACCACAGAUGAGGAAGAGGAUGAUGAGGAGGUGUAUAAAAUGGCUGGGGUUAUGGCACAGUGUGGAGGAUUAGAGUGUAUGCUAAACAGACUGUCUGGAAUCAAGGACUUCAAACAGGGCAGGCAUCUACUCACAGUCCUGUUGAAGCUGUUUAGUUACUGUGUGAAAGUAAAAAUCAACAGACAGCAGCUGGUUAAGCCAGAAAUGAACACUCUUAAUGUUAUGCUGGGCACGCUGAACCUGGCACUGGUAGCUGAGCAGGAGAGUAAGGACAGUGGAGGGGCAUCUAUAGCAGAGCAGGUCCUCAGCAUCAUGGAGAUCAUUCUAGAUGAGGCCAAUGCUGAGACUCUGUCUGAGGACAAAAGUAACCUGCUUUUGACUGGUGAUAAGGACCAGCUGGUGAUGCUGCUGGACCAGAUCAACACUACUUUUGUACGCUCCAACCCCAGUGUUCUACAGGGUCUCCUCCGCAUCAUUCCCUACCUCUCCUUUGGAGAACUGGAGAAAAUGCACAUCUUGGUGGAACGCUUCAAGCCUUGCUGCAGUUUUGACAAGUAUGAUGAGGAGCACAAUGCAGACGAUAAGGUCUUUCUAGACUGUUUCUGUAAAAUUGCAGCAGGGAUUAAAAACAACAGCAAUGGCCAUCAGCUGAAAGACCUAAUCCUCCAGAAGGGCAUCACCCAAUGUGCUUUGGACUACAUGAAGAAACAUAUCCCCAGUGCCAAAAAUUUGGAUGCAGAUGUUUGGAAGAAGUUCCUUGCUCGACCAGCCCUUCCCUUUAUCCUCAGACUGUUGCGUGGUCUGGCCACCCAGCAUCCCCCUACACAGAUGCUGAUUGGAACAGACUCGAUAAGUAAUUUGCACAAGCUGGAGCAAGUGUCAAGUGAUGAGGGAAUAGGCACUCUGGCUGAGAACCUUCUGGAAGCUUUGAGGGAGCAUGCCGAAGUGAACCUGAAAAUUGACGCAGCCCGAAGGGAGACUCGAGCGGAGAAGAAACGGAUGGCUAUGGCGAUGAGGCAGAAAGCUCUGGGCACAUUAGGAAUGACUACCAACGAGAAGGGGCAGGUUGUGACGAAGACGUCCUUAUUGAAGCAGAUGGAGGAGCUUAUAGAGGAGCCAGGUCUAACCUGCUGUAUCUGCCGAGAAGGUUACAAGUUUCAGCCUACGAAGGUCCUGGGUAUCUACACAUUUACGAAGCGUGUGGCUCUAGAGGAGUUUGAGAACAAACCCCGCAAGCAGCAGGGCUAUAGCACUGUCUCGCACUUUAACAUAGUCCACUAUGACUGCCACCUUGCUGCUGUCCGGCUUGCUCGAGGGCGUGAGGAGUGGGAAAGUGCCGCUCUACAGAACGCCAACACCAAGUGCAAUGGACUCUUGCCUGUGUGGGGGCCACACGUACCUGAAUCAGCAUUUGCCACUUGUCUGGCAAGGCACAACACAUAUCUGCAGGAAUGCACGGGGCAAAGAGAGCCCACGUACCAGCUCAAUAUCCACGACACCAAGCUGCUGUUCUUGCGCUUUGCAAUGGAGCAGUCUUUCAGCGUGGACACAGGGGGAGGAGGCCGCGAGAGCAACAUUCACCUCAUUCCCUACAUCAUCCAUACUGUCCUCUACGUCCUCAACACUACGAGGGCCACAUCACGAGAGGAGAAGAACUUGCAGAGCUUCUUAGAGCAGCCGAGUGAUAAGUGGGUGGAGAGCUCCUAUGAAGUGGACGGGCCACACUACUUCACUGUGCUGGCCAUGCACAUCCUUCCUCCUGAGCGCUGGAGAACCACACGUGUCGAUUUCUUACGCCGGCUGCUCGUCACUGCACACGCACGAAAAGUCUCACCAGGGGGCGCCAACAAACUCUCUGACAAAACAGUGAAGGAAUAUGCAGUGUAUCGCUCCCCACUUCUCUUCUGGGGCCUGGUGGACCUCAUCUAUGACAUGUUCAGGAAAGUGCCCACCAGUAACACAGAGGGAGGCUGGUCCUUCUCACUAGCAGAGUAUGUGCGGCACAAUGACAUGCCAAUCUACGAGGCUUCAGAAAGGGUGCUGCGAGCUUUCCAGGAUGAGCUCAUGCCUGCUGAUUCUUUCGCAGAAUUCCUGGAUGUUGUAGCGCUUCUCUCAGACAUCCCAGACCCUGAUGGUUUCCUGCAGGACCUGUUGAACUCUGUGCCCUGAUGGUAUCCAACCAGUCCCCUCCCUGGGUGUGUGUCCAGCCUGCUCAGCACAGGUGUUGCUUAAACAUGGAGCCUGUCUUCUACCCGGACAUAACUACUGCAACUCCACAGGGACACCUUGCAAUUAAGCUCUGGGCUCCCAUAUCAGCUCACCCCCACUCAUUCACCACCACCUCCUGAUAUUCACGCGGGUUUGUUCUUCUACAGCGUCUUCAACUAUAACGCUCAUAAAUUGGAAAAUUAUAUAUGUAGUCUGACAAGUAAUGCAUUUAUUACGAAUGUUUCUGUAACAUCUAAUAACACUGAAACAUCCUAUGACCAUGCUGUUUUGAUCCAACUUGUUGCAGGUGCUUUGUUCAAGUAAUUGUUUGGGAAUUUAAUGACUGUGUGAAACAACUUGUGGCUUUUAUUUAUCCCUUUUGAUUUUUCUUUUUUUUUUUUUCCUCGAGUUAACUUCCAGAGUGGUGAAGAGCAGCAGCUUCACAGAAGUGUGAAUUGAUCUCCUAGUGUCAUGCACUUUGUUUCUGGACAUUUUGCGGUGUUCAGUGAUUUGAUUGUAAUUUGCGAGAAAGACAAGGCCUUCCUAUUUGGUUGAACAUGCUUGUGUGAGGUUUCUCUCCUUGUGUAAGUGUUGGAGAAUGCGAGUUGUUUAUGUAUGCCUGUUGAAUUUGAAUGCUUUUGUAAUGGGGUUUUACCUUUCACAAUGAAACUUUCGAGAUAAAAGAAUAAAAAGGCCUGCAUCUUUACAUUGGAAGCAUUUUCUUUUCUUUUUGCUUUGUUUUCCUGGUUGGGUUUUUGUUUCUGAUUUCCAGUUUACAACACUAGAUUUAUUUUUCUUUGUGGGCUAAUUGUUUGUGUGACUUAUUUUUCAUAUCCCUACCCAAACGUAAACCAAAAUGUGCUGCAGACAAGAUUUUCCCAAAGCACGUUUGUUUUUAAGCAAGGUGCCACCGAAAGCAGUCUUGGUGACAAAUAAAUUCGUAAUAUAUCUCUCUAUGUAUACACAGUAUAUAUACACCUGUAAAGGGUGAUCUUGUACUCUGAGCUGAAUGCAUGGUGUGGAGUUUUAAAAAAAAAAAAAGAAAAAAAAAAAGAAAGAAAAGAA